AGGUCUCAGUGAAAUUCCAUACGUCUUCUAAUUAAGUAAUGAGGGGAUUAACCAGAAUGUUGCAGGGUUGAAGUGAUUAACCAGGGCUGGGUGUUGCAGUGCCUAGUAUACUAGGCUGAGGAAUAUAGCUUUAUUCUAAAGAUAAUGAAGGUUUUUACGGAGACAUGCGUUUUGUUUUUGUUUUUGUUUUUGUUUUUGUUUUUUUGAGACCUGCAUUUUGAACAGUUCUAGGGCCUGUGUGGAGAAUGGACAGGAGAAGAUGAGGCUAGGAUGUAGGUCAGAAGCUGCUGUAGUGAUCCAGCACAGCAUCUAUGAAGAUAGAAAAGAGGGGGCAGAUCUGAGAUGUAUUACAAAGGCAGAGCUGGAUCUGUAGUGGUAAACAGGAUGCAGGACUUGCCCUCUCUACCUUGGCUGUCCCGCUCUGCAAAUGUGGCCAGACUAGAAUGUUUAAUCCAAGGAAUCAGUGACAUUCAAAGAUGUGGCUGUGGACUUCACCCAAGAAGAAUGGCACCAUGUGGAUGCUGCUCAGAGGCUCUUGUACAGGGAUGUGAUGCUGGAGAACUAUAGCCACCUGGUUUCUCUUGGAUAUCAAGUUUCCAAGCCAGAGGUGAUCUUCAAAUUGGAACAAGGAGAAGAGCCAUGGAUAUCAGAGGGAGAAAUCCAAAGACCUUGCUGUCCAGACUGGAAGACCAGGCCUGAAGUCAAAUCAUCUCAUUUGCAACAGAGCAUAGCUGAAGGAUCCCGUAGCACAGAUUCACAUGCCACAUUCGAAAACACUUGGGAUGUUACUAGCCAGUUAGAGAGGCACCAGGAAAACUGGAAAAGAUAUCUGGGGCCAGACACAUCCAACCAGAAGAAAAUCACACCAGAAGAAAAUUUUCAGCAAAAUAAAUUUGGUGAAAACUCUAGAUUGAACACAGUCCUGGUUACACAACUGAACAUUCCUUCAAGGCCUACUGAAUGUGAUGCACUUGGAAGCAACUUGGGACAUAAUCCAGACAUACUUAAUCAGAAUAAUAUCCUUGCAAAAAAGAAACCUUAUAAAUGUGAUAAAUGUAGAAAAGCCUUUAUUCAUAGAUCAUCACUUACUAAACAUGAGAAAACUCAUAAAGGAGAGGGAGCUUUCCCUAAUGGUACAGAUCAGGGGAUUUAUCCUGGAAAGAAACACCAUGAAUGUAGUGACUGUGGGAAAACCUUCCUCUGGAAGACACAGCUUACUGAGCAUCAGAGAAUUCACACUGGGGAGAAGCCCUUUGAAUGUAAUGUUUGUGGGAAGGCCUUCAGGCAUAGCUCGUCACUUGGUCAGCAUGAGAAUGCUCAUACGGGAGAGAAACCUUACCAGUGCAGUCUCUGUGGAAAAGCCUUCCAGCGCAGCUCCUCCCUUGUUCAACACCAGAGAAUUCACACUGGAGAAAAACCCUAUCGAUGCAAUUUAUGUGGAAGAUCUUUUAGGCAUGGCACAUCCCUCACUCAGCAUGAGGUCACACAUAGUGGAGAGAAGCCUUUCCAGUGUAAGGAAUGUGGGAAAGCCUUCAGUCGGUGUUCUUCCCUCGUCCAGCACGAACGGACUCAUACAGGAGAGAAACCUUUUGAAUGUAGCAUAUGUGGGCGGGCUUUUGGACAGAGUCCAUCCCUUUACAAACAUAUGAGGAUUCAUAAGAGAGGCAAACCUUACCAAAGCAACACCUACAGCAUAGAUUUCAAGCACAGCUCAUCUCUUACUCAAGAUGAGAGCACUGUCACUGAAGUGAAAUCCUAUCAUUGUAAUGACUGUGGGGAAGACUUCAGUCACAUUACUGACUUUACUGACCAUCAGAGGAUCCAUGCCGGACAGAAUCCCUAUGAAUGUGAGCAGAACUUUAAUCAACAACCUAUCUCUCAUCCUGGAGAGAAACCCUAUCAGUGUAAUGUAUGUGGGAAAGCUUUCAAAAGGAGUACAAGCUUUAUAGAGCAUCACAGAAUCCACACUGGAGAGAAACCCUAUGAAUGUAAUGAAUGUGGAGAAGCCUUCAGUCGACGCUCAUCACUUACUCAACAUGAGAGGACCCACACUGGAGAGAAACCCUAUGAAUGUAUUGACUGUGGGAAAGCCUUCAGUCAGAGUUCAUCCCUCAUUCAGCAUGAGAGAACUCAUACUGGGGAAAAACCCUAUGAAUGUAAUGAAUGUGGGCGAGCCUUUCGAAAGAAAACCAAUCUGCAUGAUCAUCAGAGAAUUCAUACUGGAGAAAAACCCUAUGCUUGUAAGGAAUGUGGGAAAAACUUCAGUAGAAGUUCAGCGCUAACUAAACACCAGAGAAUUCAUACACGAAAUAAACUGUAGGAGCCCUGAAAUUAAGGAAUGUGCAGAAAACUUUAGUUCAAAUAUUGUUUAUUCAGUGUCAGAGAAUUCUUACCUGAGAGGAAGUUUAAGAAUGUAAUGGUGUGUGUGUGUGUGUGUGUGUGUGUGCACAUUGUGUGUGAAGAAAGCCCUGUGCUAGUAGACAAUGUUUUGUUUUUGUUUUUUAAUAAAUAGAAGCCACAUUCUCAAAUUGAUUACAGACGUUUGUAAAAACAACUAUAAACAUAUAUAUAACCAAUUGGAAAUGAUAUGCCUAUGUAUUGGACUUUAUAAAGCUUUUGAAUAUGUAUAUGCAGGAGGAGAUCAUCAACUUGGAACAGUUUGACUUGUAACUCUGUGUUUACAGCCUUUUUUAAUAAAACUCCUGCAGCAGUGACCAAAACUUAACUUUUUAGAUUGUUUGACAACAGCAUUCAAGUGCAGCUCUUACAUUAAAUUCACCAUGGAAACCAAUUCCACCUCCCGGAAUUCACCAUUCAAAGAAUGAGAUCAACUGGUCCAACCGCUUCAUUGUACAGAUGAAGAAACCAAAACCAAAGAUGUGAAGUGGUUUGCACAGUGUGAUACAGCUUAUAAUGGCAAAGCUGGGUGGAGAGUAGGUCUCCUGGAUCUUUGGCCCUAUGAUCUAGCCACUCAAAAGGUAUCUUAGAAUUCAGAGGGCUUUAAAGUAAAUUUUAAAAUAAAUUAAAUACAAAAAUUAAUGAGCACUCGAGUUGGAUACUCUGGGAAUUCAUAAAAGCAGAAGAGGCAGCAAAAUACAGAUUUGUCACAGACUUAUUUAAAACAACUGGUUGGAAGCUUACGUACCAAAAUGUUAACAAAAACUGAGUAGCUCAACUGCUGGUAACUUGUUUUCCUUUUUCAAGUGUAAUAUUUAUACUUUGAAUUAACAUAUCAGUUUCAUAAACCUAUUAGGUCCUCUUAUUGUACUUUGUAUGACACUCCCAUGAGAAAGCACAGCUCCAAGCUUACCUAAAUGGCUCAAAGGGAAAACAGCACAAAACUAAAGAGGAAAACUUUUCCCCAAAUUAAUUUUACUGUGGAGAAGUAGAAAUGUAGUUACCCAUUGUCAUAAAGUCUAGUCUGUCUUUAAGUUAUUAGAGAACCCAUGUACUGAUCCAUUUUGUGUGCCAAGGAAAUACUUCAUCAUAAGAAAUUUAACUUUUUAAAUUCUAUGCUGCUCUUCCAUCAGUAAAGCAUGAGAUAAGCAUCAGUAGCCCACUCCCAUCCCUAAGGUUCUUUCAUGCCUCCCGUGGGCUUUCCUAAAGGAAUCUCAAAGGUGCCAACAGUGGAGAUAAAUUUGGAAGCAACUGUGGACCUUGGCCCCUUUCACACAGGAGCCUCUCCUCUUAAGUAAAUUUUCCCACCCUAACAAACCAUGAUAGGAAUGAUAUGGGUGAUGUUGAUGGUAAACCUUUCCUAUUCUUUGCAUGCCAGGUAGCAGGAUCCAUCAUCCUUGUCUCAUCCUGGACAACAGGAGGAGGCUCCCAAAUAUUCUUCAUAGAAUAUUUGCGUAGAAUAUUUCUUUGCAUAUUCUGCAUAGAAUUUUUCUUUGCAGAAAAAAUGUGCAUGGGGACUGAAAUGUGAUGUCUAGCCCAAUGAGUCCAUCACAAGAUGGGGACCUGCCCUUCUAAGACCUUAACCAUUCAAAAAUACCUUGUUUGUGAUGUUUUAUGCUUAACGCACACACACAGUGCCAAGACCAUGUUGCUGUCUGAUUCAUAGUUUGACAAUGGGUAACUCUACACAAACCACCCACACACACACACAUUGAGUGGCUUCCAUGCUUAUCAGGAACUUAUUUGCUGCUGAUUACUUGGGGAUCCCCAUAGUGGACUGUUUCUAAGAAUGACAUAUUGUAACCAGUUGAGUGCUAUCCUACUUUUAUGGAAGUCUGUAAAGACUUAAUUUCAGAAGACUCAAAACCACUGGUUUGUGUGUGGAACUUGGCCUAGAUCCAACCAGUCUCUGAAUCUCAACAAAUGCACUGACAGAAGGAGCCCAAAAUGUACAUGGUAUGUUGUGGGUUGUUUGAGGAGAGGAUUCUGUAGUUCCACGCAACCAGGUACCACGCACUUACGAACACCCAGCUUUCUAGGCCACAUGAAAUGCAUCCUUGUAACAUCAUUGUAUUAUUUCAAUAAAUAGCCUUCUUAGUUGAA